GGACUCUCGCUCCAAACACGCGUCCGAUCGGACGUGUCUUUUUCAGUGUCUUCAACAAAACGUUUUUUUUUUCUUCUUCUCCCGAGUUAUUUGUUUUUUUUUUAACAUUCAGUCUGCAGAGACACACAUUUUUCUCGAAAGAAGAAAACCCCCCUCCCUCUCUGACAAGUUCCGCCCACUAGGCCAAUGGUUAGUCUGAGCAAUUCAAGACUCUUAGUCUUCAGUCUCGAUCCGUCUCUCUGACUAGUCGGUGCUGCCGUUUUGUCCGACAUUAAAAAGUGCAUAUGAUUCUCGUGUUGUUUUGUGUCGUACGACGGCCGUCGUCGUGUGUGUGAAUUCUAUAUAGUUUUUCUAUCGGUUGUCAUCACAUGUGCCGCCCCUGUGUGUUUCGGAAUUGCGGUCAACUUUCGCUUUCGGAGCGCCAACAACGCCAUCAAGCGGGCAGGUGGUUUCUAUAGUGUGACUUGUCCUCAAUUUUUCCCUCUCUCUCUCUCUCUCUCUUGCUUCCAAAUACACACACACACACACAUACAGACACGCACAGGAAUCUUGUGUGUGAGGAUUACAAUUCUUUUUUGAAAGAUUUUUCGUCUGUGCGUGUGCGUUCUCUUUCCCAUAGUGCAACAGGUGUGUGUGUAGCCAUCUGGUGAGCGGUUUUUUUCGUGUUGCGUACAGCCGCGUUUGAUUAUUAUUUUUUUGAAAUCUUAAUUUAAAAAACAAUUGUGUGGGAUCUCAUGUGUGUUGGUUGAGAUGCUAGUUGACAUGGACCUCGCCGCAAUUGCGCCCCUCGGUACCAACAGUUCGGCCGGUUUCAUUAAUUUGACCGGCCCGUCGUCUGUCGACACGGACCAGGUCAGCGUCCAGAUCGAACGUUUGCACAGCCCCAACGGUGGUGGUGGUUCAAACAGUGGCAAUGGAUCCAAUGGCCAGCAUCAUCACAUGGUUGGGCAUCCGCAGCAACAACAACUCCAUCAUCACCAUCACCACCACCACCUAGCGGGAGCUCAGCAUUUGCAUCAUAGGUCGCUGAGCUCUCCGGAAUUGUCGAUCGCCUCUUUGUCGAUGGCUUCGUCCAGUCCCGCGUCUACCCUGUCGCCGUUCAGUGCCAGUAGCAAUAAUAAUAACAACAACAACAACAGUAGCUCGUCGGCGGCCAUGAGCUACGCUAUGAGUCACUUGAGCUCUGGUGGCGUCGAGGCCGGCGGCAAUCUACUGGGUGUGGGCGUGACGGUCGGCCUGACUGGACUCGAUUCCUAUUGCAUUUACAAUCCGAAUAACGCAGGCGAGUACGAGACCAGCAACGCGGCCAGCAGCAACGCGGCCCUUAGUCCAUCACCGCUCAUGGAUCCUAUCGUCAUUGUUCCAUCCAUGUCUGGCCAACCAUCGGCCAGCUCUUUACCACCUGGAACGAGCUCGGCUUCGGGACGACACGACCUACCCGACACGAAAGAAGGCAUCGAAGAAUUGUGUCCAGUUUGCGGCGAUAAAGUUUCUGGCUAUCAUUACGGUCUGCUCACCUGCGAAUCGUGCAAGGGAUUCUUCAAACGGACCGUUCAGAACAAAAAAGCCUAUUCUUGCGUCGCUGAUCGAUCCUGCCACAUUGACAAAUCACAACGCAAGAGGUGCCCUUAUUGCCGAUUCCAAAAGUGCCUAGAAGUCGGCAUGAAACUUGAAGCUGUGAGAGCGGAUCGGAUGCGCGGCGGACGGAACAAGUUUGGACCCAUGUACAAACGGGAUCGAGCACGCAAAUUGCAAGUGAUGCGCGAACGGCAGUUGACGACGCCUAGAGGCGGUGGCGGUGGAGGACCGAGCAAUCCUUCGCCCAACAACAGCAACAGCGGUGCCGGCCAAUCGGCUGGAAUCUACACGGAGAUGGGCUAUUCGCCAUCAGGCAGCAGCGUCUACGGCGGCGUCAAACACGAGAUUCAAAUCCCGCAAGUUUCUUCGUUGACGUCGAGUCCCGAUUCCAGUCCGAGUCCACUCGCCGCAUCACUCGGUUAUCCAGGACCUUCUGGCCAGCCAUUGGGCUCGUUGAACGGCUCCAUGGGACCUGCCGGAUCGGGAGGACCGCACAAUAACAACAAUACAAAUAACCAUAAUAAUAAUAGUAUGGGCACGACAGCAGGAGCGGGUCCUUCUCAUCCGCACACACCUUCACCCAAUAAUCACCCGUCCGGCGGAGGAGGAGCUCCCCCUCCACAACAGCAUUCCUCGACUUCGUCCGUCUCACCCAAAACCUUCCAUUUUGAGGGACUUUUGACCGGUAACACAAUGCUAGGUAAUAAUAACGUCCCCAACGUCGGAGCCGGAUCAGUUAGCGGAGCUAAAGUUCCGCCAUUGAUCCGCGAAUUUGUCCAGUCUCUUGACGAUAAAGAAUGGCAAAGCGCUUUGUUUGGUCUUCUUCAGAGUCAAACCUACAACCAGUGCGAAGUGGAUUUGUUUGAACUCCUCUGCAAGGUGCUCGACCAGAACCUGUUUACGCAAGUCGACUGGGCGCGAAAUUCCUACUAUUUCAAGGAUCUAAAGGUUGACGAUCAAAUGAAGUUGCUUCAGCACGCCUGGUCGGAUUUGUUGAUUUUGGAUCAUUUACAUCAACGAUUGCACAAUCACCUGCCUGAUGAAUCGUCGCUGCCCAACGGUCAGAAAUUCGACCUUCUCUCGCUCUCGCUACUUGGCUGCCCGCAACUGGCCGAUCCCCUUCACGACGUUACGGCCCGGCUCACCGAGAUCCGUUUCGACGUGCCCGACUACGUCUGUCUCAAAUUUCUCAUGCUUCUCAAUUCAGACGUCAAGGGAUUGAUGAAUCGGCGCCAUGUGGUCGACGCACAGGAGCAAGUCCAACAAGCUCUCUUCGACUACACGCUUAACUGCUACGCUCAUAUCCCUGACAAGUUUGCCAAAAUGCUGGCAAUCUUACCGGACAUUCACGCCAUGUCGACACGCGGUGAAGAGUAUCUCUAUUUCAAGCAUCUCAACGGCUGCGCGCCGACACAAACACUACUCAUGGAAAUGCUUCACGCCAAGCGGAAAUGACAAGAGGCAUCUUAAAC